AUGCCAAUAUUUGGGUAUUACCGCUUUGGGUCACAAACAUGCUUUAGACGACAGGUUCCAAAGCCUAUCACCACCAUAUCGUCGCACAGCAGACAUCUACGCACGGCGUUUACACUGGACCAACACGACAUGACAGACUCUCCAAAGACCCCUCGACGGUACAGUCAUCGCCGGCAGUUGUCAAAAAUCAAGUCUGAGCCUCGACGGCGAAGUUCGGGGUUAGUUGUGCCAUCCGGCACCUCUCCAGAUGCCCGAGUGCACAAGUACGGCGCUCUAGGUAGCCCAGGAGCCAACGGAAGCCAUCACAAAGCCCGUGUGAUCAGCCAGAGCACGGGUCUCGCCAAGCUAAUGCUCGUGGAAAUGAACCGCGAUCUCAACCGGCAGUUUGACAAUCUGGCCAAGCUGCAGCGCAUCGACAGCAUGUCUGACCGAGACACCAGCGGGUCUGGCAGCUCAAAUGGACGAGGAGGCUCGUCGACAGCAUCAGUUCGAUCCGACGUGUCCAGUUUCACCUCGGACCCCAAUGUCACUGAGGACGACAUUCUCAAAGCCAUUGCUGCCAAGCAGAGGAAGGUACUCGAUCUGAAGACCGAACUCGCACUGGCUGAACGAGAAAUCUCCAUCCUCAGUGACAAAUACAGCGCCAUGGUCACCAGACGCACAGUCGGCACCUCUGAGAGCGCAAGUGACCCCAACAAAAGUCCUCAGAGAGGUGGUACCCCAAGAGCCGAGCCCGAAAACGGUCUCUUUGGUCAGCUGAAGAGAUCGUCCACUUUCAGAUCAGUCAGAGAGAGUAUUGGUAUGGGCAAUGCCGAUGACAAUGAUCUGCCCAUUAAAGAGUAUAAGGGAUCCCCCAGACGUGAGAGCAGACGUCAAUCGAUGCUGCCUAGUGCACUGUCGCCAUAUUCAGAGGUCAAGGAAGCUACUGCUGAAAUGACUUCGUCACCAUCGCCAAGGCUCUCCAUAGCCAAGAAGAAGAGUCUAAUGUUCCGGGCCCAGAGAGCGUUCCAGCAACAGCAGCCUUCUCUCAAGCUCAAGCAUUCGUCACAGCAGCUUAAGCAGUCAAUUCAAAACGGAACUGACGAGCUGCUCAUCAAGGGGCACCGGUUGUUCAAUGAUAUCGCCAAGGAAUUCAUGAGCUCAGACGAUGAGGGCGAGUACGACUGGAAUGAGGACAGUGACAUUGAUGAGGCUGAUUUCGAGGGGCCUGUUGAGAGAUUGUAA